AUGCAACAAGAACACGUUCAAAACACAAAAAACGUCAUUAGUGGGUCUUUGAAGGACGAAGAGUUAACCGGGGGCGUGGGCGCGCGCGCACACUGGGGCGUUUGGUAUAAAUCCACCUCUAGAGCGCACAACAGGACCAGCGUGUGUCUGAGGGAACCUACUUUCAUUUGGUUUGACUUCUCUCCUCCAGCAGGCCACGACGAGACGCACACCCUCCCGCGUCCCCUUUUGCAAUGGAUGAAUCCUGUUUGUGACGCAGACGCGCGCCGUUUAGUACAGAAAAUCCGGUUUUUGUAAACCCCCUGAAGACAGUCUCGCAGAAUGUAGCCAGAAGAAGAAGAAACGGACCAAGUGGAGCAACCUGUGGCAUGAGGAAGAGGAGGCAGCGAAGGCAGCUGGAAGCGCGCUGAGGUCUGAGCGGAGCGGAGACUUGGGGCUGCGCGCUGAUCGGGAUCGAGUCCUUCAGUCUUGAUCUUCAGCUUCUUCAGACUGUAUGAAGAAACUCUAACUAAGGAAAAUACCUCCCAAAGAGGAGUGGCGGCAGAGACAUUUUUAUCCGUGUUCUUUCUUUGGCAUCUUUUUGGAUCCUUUUUCUUUUCGUUUUUUGAAAUUCUGAUCCCCGAAGUGGCUCCGAAGUGCUGUUGCGGCUCCUCGUCCCCGGCGGAUCCGGAGAUCGGAGUCUCUGCACCGGCAGGAGGCGGAGUCGGAGCUCCGGCCACGCCGGAACCCCCGAAGAGCGGCCGCGUCAAGAGGAUGGUGCGGCUGGCGGCGGAGCUGCUGCUGCUCCUGGGACUCCUGCUGCUGACUCUGCACAUCACAGUGCUGCGGAGCAGCCCGCUGCCGCAGGCAAACGCCACCCGGAGCCUGGACCGGGACGCGGCGCCCGCAGAGAAAAACAAAAAUGGAAGAAGCCGCUCCUCUUCACAUCUGGCUCCUGAAAACCGAGGGUCCGGUCCGGAACACCGAACAUCCCAUCAACCGGCGUCCCAUCCCUGGACACAGGACGGCAGCGUCCGCAGGGACGGCCACGGAUCCUUCCUCCUAGACCUGCACAACUUCCCGGACCUCUCCAAAGCGGAUAUUAACGGGCAAAAUCCCAACAUCCAGGUGACCAUUGAAGUGGUGGACGGACUGGAGGGCCACGAACCAGAGAAAGGCUUCCGAAAGGAAAGCAAACCCAGCUGGGCCUCUCCCAACUGGAGGAACUGGUGGCCUCGCACUUCUUCAUCCUCCUCCUCCUCUUCCUCCACUCAUCAAACGGGAGUGCGCGAUCGCUCCUACGGCGGCAAAACUGCAGAUAGCAACUUCCUCAGACCGCCGGCAGACUGGGACAGGAAAGGCAGCAAAACUCAGACAGAAUAUGAUUACAUGGAUGGAGAUGGGGACUGGAGCAACUGGUCUGCAUGCAGUGUCACUUGUGGAAACGGAAAUCAGAAGAGAACCCGUUCCUGUGGUUAUGCCUGCACGGCCACAGAGUCCAGGACAUGCGACAUGCCCAAUUGCCCUGGUAUUGAAGAUACCUUCAAGACAGCAGCCACUGAAGUGAGUCUGUUAGCUGGAACGAAUGAGUUCAACGCCACAGAGCUCUUUGGUGUUGACACCGACAGCUGCGAACGAUGGAUGAAUUGCAAAAGCGAUUUCUUGAAGAAGUACAUGACCAAAGUGGCAAACGAUCUCCCCAGCUGCCCGUGCUCUUACCCAACCGAGGUGGCGUACAGCACAGCAGACGUCCGCGACGCCCCAACGCGCAGAGAUUUCCGCUGGAAAGACGCCAGUGGACCAAAGGAGAAGCUGGAAAUCUACAAGCCCACAGCCCGUUACUGCAUCCGCUCCAUGCUGACCCUGGAGUCCACCACGCUGGCGGCUCAGCACUGCUGCUACGACGACAACAUGAAGCUCAUCACGCGCGGCAAAGGUGCCGGCACGCCCAACCUUAUCAGCACGGAGUUCUCAGCCGAUCUGCACUACAAGGUGGACAUCCUACCCUGGAUCAUCUGCAAAGGAGACUGGAGCCGCUACAACCAGGCUCGACCGCCCAACAACGGGCAGAGAUGUCCAGAAAACCCUCAGGAUGAGGACUACUACAAACAGUUUGAAGAAGCAAGGGAGUUCUAGCCUCGUUAGAACGUAAGGACUAAAAAGAAACUGCUUACAUCUUCACCUAAACCCAAAGAAUGGCUCUUUAGGUCAGAUUACACCUGAACUGUGAGGAAAGGCUUUUACUGCUCGACUGAACUGACACCACUCCAACAAACUUCCAUGCCAAGCAGUAGUGCCCAACCGAGUGCUGCUUUUUUAUUUACACUUUCUUUUUAAAGAAAAUGAAAUGCUACUAUUUCUAACUCAGAUUUGGUCAAUAUAGGGAUAAGAGAUUUCAUAUCCUCAAAAGGGAAGAAUAGUAUUGUAGAGAAGUCAGUUUGCCCGUGUUUGUUUCUGUACAUUCUUUAUGUUAGUAGAAUCUGAGAGGUAAUGGAAAAUACAGCAUCCCUCGGGAAAUUGUCAGCAAUUAGAGCACAGAACAGGGUUUUCCAGUUUUUCUCGUUUUGUGGGUAUGUCUAUUUAGCAUGCACAUUUUUUUUUAUUGCAUUAAUUUACCUGUUAUUUAACUGCAUCCUUUCUGUCUCUAAGGCAGUUUUUCAAUGUAAAAAAUCCUGCAAUAUUUUUGUAAAGUAUAUUUAUUAAAUGGUAGCUGUGUCUGGGUCGGGAGACUGUGACUGUGGCUCGUCAUUAGCAUAUGGCGGAAUGCUAACUUGAGAUUCCUCUCCAGUUUAUACUUAGCCAACAUUGUGCAUGUCCCAAGUUGAAAUUAAAAAUGGAAA